AUGCUGGCAGGCCCGUUCGGCCUCUUCGGGCGCCGCUUCGUCGGCGCCCAGGAGACGAGGGCCCCGGAGGACUCCCUGAUCAGAUUUGGCGACGACCGCAUCUACCAUGCUGCCGCCGCGGCCGAGGGGCAGCUCGGGCCCCCCCCCCUGGGUCAACCUCAAGGCAGCGCGGCGUGCCGUGUGUGGAGAAUAGUGGCAGGCUGCAGAGAAAUUGCUGAAGACGAGGCCAUCGCCCUCCACGAGACUGGCGUGUCUCAUGGACGCUGGCGCGAGGGUUGGCGGCGUCGGCGCGGAGGCCAUCGGGCUCUGUGGCGCAGCCAACGAGACGCGCAGGAGUAUGCCCACGAGGCUUCACCUCCGCGGUUGGUGUCUGCCUCCCCAGCGCACUCCUCCCAUCUCCAGUGGCGGCGAGUGCGCCGCGUGAAGCUGCGCGGCCAAGGGCGGCAAGCGCGGGGGGCGCAGGCCGGACUGCGUCGCCAUCUCGCCGCAUAUGCUCACUGGAGUAAAGACCGCGGGAUCAGCCGCGACAUCGAGCUGGCCUUAUCCCACCAUGGCCAUGCGCUUGUGGGCCUCGCCGUCGCGCUGGAGCCGGGCGCUGAGCAGCCAGGGCCACGGUGGCGCGGCACGGGGAUUGACGGGGCGAAGCUCAACCUGCCAGCGUGCUGCGAGCACUUCAAGCAGCUGCUGCAGCAGCUACCAGACGCGUCACUCCACCUGCGCCCUAACGACCACGCAGAGGCGCUGGACGACGCAGCACGAGCGGCAGCGGCGCAGGUUUCCCCCAGGGAGCUGAUGGAGCCGAUGCCGCCACGCAGCUCGUGGACGUCAGCUGCCUCGAGGGACCCGUGCCAGCUUAGGCGAUAUCAUCAACGGCGAGCGCGUCGCACCCAGUCCAAAUCCAGGCACAUGUUGAUGUGGGCGCUGUUCGCCGCCUGGGACCACGCGCCGAAGUGCGAGCCGUGGCGCAGCCGUCGGACCGACCAGGACAGCAUCAACAUCAGAGAGGCGACCAAGGUCGUGGAUGCCAUGCCCCCGCUGCUCGAGAUGCUGAGAAGCUUCCAGGGGCUUCUAGACACCGUGGCUAAGGCAAUAGACGAGCACUUCCUGCUGGACCACGAGGUAGAGGACCUCUUCGGCGACAUCUUCGAGGAUGCGCAGUUCACUCCAGACGCGUCAGGUGCGAUGGCUGGAACAUCACAUGCAGUAUCUGUGGGCCCUCCGAACGCCUUCGAGUGCCGCGAGGGGGCGGAGGUCGCCUAUGGCAUGUACGGCGACGCGGCGGAGGGCCCUGUCGAGUACGACCUGACUGUUGACGAGGACGCCCUGGCCGAGGUGUCGCUGGACGCUGCUGCGCUACGUGGAG